AUGAAAGUCUCAAUACUUUUGACUUCUCUUAUUACCAGUGUCCAAGGGGCCACCGUCGAUAAACGGUUCUAUACCCCAAACUGGCGUGCUAUCAACCCCGAAAACAAUGGUGGAGUUUUCAAGAUCCCAUUCGAAGUUUCUCAAAAAGAUCCUAUGGACUACUCCAAAAUCGUGAAGCGUGAUUCCAGAAAUAAAACCCAAAUAGUGGAAGAUGAAAUGGUGCUUUGGAAUCAGAAUGAUCUUUUAUAUAUGGCUAAUAUUUCCCUCGGUACUCCUCCACAAAACCUUUCUGUAUUACUUACCAUCAAUGAUGCUGAUUUAUGGGUGUUUUCUAAAUCAAAUCCAUACUGUCUGUCCAAUCUUUAUUAUAAAAGGGAAAAUUUAGAUUAUCAAGAAGAAGAAGAAGAAAAAGAAGAUGCUGAUGUUGCCACUGAUACCUCCACUGCCAUUGAUACCUCCACUGCCACUGCUACUACCGAUGAUUAUGAUACUGGUAUCUUGGAAUAUAUACAGAGUAAGUAUGAGGCCGACUUGAGCGAUUUUCUAGAAACUAAUACAGACUCAUCAGUUACUGAGAUUUACGAUACAAUCGUUUACACAACCCAAGGGUAUUUAGAAACAAUCACCUUAUCAGUGGAUUUUAAAUCUGCUACUGGUGAUGACCCAACAGGAAUGGCAACUUCUACCACAUUUUCUCUGUCAAUAAUUGCGACAACAACAACUGGGCAAGUUUCAAACGCAAGGUCCACUUUAUCUGACACUGGAGCUUCAACUAUUACCGGAAAAGUUGUAAAUGCAAGUUCCACUUUAUCUGACGUUGGAGUUACUGGAAGAGUAACCCAAAUCACCCCAUAUUUCUAUGAGACAGUAACUCGCGUCUUUCUGACUCAGACUGCCGUGCCUCUCAUUGAUUGUGGUAGUGUUGGCACUUUUGAUUCAGACUCCUCGGAAACUUUCAAUGACACUGGUGAAUGGUUCUCUUUUCAGUAUGGUGAAGAUUAUGGCUUCGCUCAAGGCAAGGUGGCUCUAGACACUUUGACCUUCAAUGAAUUCGUGAUAGAAGACUAUACCUUCGGUUUAGCAUCUGCCUCCAACAGGACGUACAUGUCUUUUGGUAUUGGGUUGACUGGGAAUGAGGACUUGGCAUUUUAUGAUAGUUUCCCAAUGAGACUUGUUGAUAGUGGGUAUAUCAAUAGAGUGGUCUAUUCUCUUUUCCUUGAAUCGAUGGAAGCUGCCACCGGAUCCAUUCUUUUCGGUGGGGUAGACUCUGCGAAAUACACGGGGACCCUCUAUGCUUUCCCAAUGUUGAGUCUCGACUCCAGUUCCGAUGUACCAACAACAUCUUUCUACAUCAGUAUUGAUUCCAUUGACUUGACUGAUAAUAACAACGGUUCAAUAGUCCAACAAAUCACCUAUGCUAAACAUCCAAUGCAGUUUGAUAAUUCUAAGGCUUAUUUCUAUCUUCCUGUUUUUUCUUUCAGGAGAUUGAUAGACGCUUUCCCAGGGAUUUCUUAUAUCAACAACGUUGGUGCCAAUCUUGUCAAGUGUGAUCAUCUCAAGGAAUAUAAUAUGAGCCUUAAUAUCCAAGGGGUCAACUAUUCUAUCCCACUAUCAGUGUUUGGUAAGCCAAUGUCGGAAAUGGUUCAAGAAAAUUAUUUCUCUGGGCAGACUAUACCUAAGUCAGAAAUUAAAGAUUAUUGCUAUUUACAGAUGGGAACUAGUACAGAUAAUACAAUCAUUGCUGGCAAUAGUUUCUUGCGUUGGUUCUAUGUUACGUUUGAUUUGACUUAUUACGAAAUAUACAUGGCUGAAGCAAAUCUUCAAGGAAACACUUCGGAAAGCAUUCAAGUGAUUGAUGCCUACGGGACCAUUCCCGGUGCAAAAAGGGCCCCAAAUUACUACAAUGUUUAUGAAGGCAACACAACCACCCCUUCCAGUAGCGAUGGUUCCGAACCAUUUUUCAAUGGAACCAAUAAUGUGGGGACUAAGUAUUUGAAUAAUGGUGUGAAAUUGCCAAUGAGCGGCCACUUAUGGACUUGUGUCUUUGGUGCGAUUGUCUAUUUUAUGCUUUGA